AGUGCACUUGCGUUACUACUUGUGAUAUUUGAUGAGAAGCCGCCAUCGACCACAAGCCCCUGGCUAGACAGUUGAUAAGUAAAGCUUGAGAAGCCUCGUUUUAAAAACUGAUUAACCAAGAAUAGGUACUCAUUUCAUUCGCGGGUAACAUAAAACCAUGUGUCAUUACUACAACGACAAAUAUCUCUUCUGUUUCUGAUUGCUAGCAUUAUGAGCAGGUAUAAUCAACUUUCCGACGGUCGAUAUGUUUGCAAGUUUCACGGGCUGGUCACCUGCUCUAGUUCUACUUGCGAUUCGGACUUCUCCGUCUACAACUAUAUGAUGAAGCUACCAAUGAACAGAUUUCAGCAUGAAUUAGAGACUCUAGAUCCAUGGUUCAGAGCAUCUUUAGCACGUGCAAUUGAAGCCAUCGAUCGAGGUAGACCCAUUGUUCGCCCGACAAGCGGUACGCCUCCGCCCUCAGACCUAGGUCCACUGUCGAUGGAUCGGAUCACCAUCGACCCUCACGAUCCAGAGACGCAACUGCUGAUACCAAAGCUGUUCUUUCCUCCGUCCUUGACUUCACUUCCGAGCGAUCUUUUCGAAAGUACCCCUAUUCAAAACGUCAGACGGACUACACGCUUCGUCCACCGUCAAGACCCAAAACAACUCAUCGUCUUCGCUGGCGCUAUUUGUUUGAGGCAGGUGACUCAUUCUCCCCGAACUGGCUGGGCAUUUUGGUUUAGGAACAAUAUCAGCAACUUGAAACCCGCCACCAUAGGCAAUCACUUGGAGGCCGUGAAGGAUGGAAGAUCCAUGAUCCCGAAAACACAAGACCGCGUUGACGUUCGCGUCCUCGUCGCAAUUCUGCAAUGCCGACGAUGGGCAGGCGAGGGCUUUAAUACCUUGGUUAUUGCCACGUCCUCUGACUACGUUAUAAGAGUCAUUACAGUGCAGCUGAGAGAAUGGUUAUCUUCGGAUUGGCGACGUCCAAGGCGAGAGCAACUUACUCCGAACCGCGACUUAUGGCAAAUAUUUCUCUCCGAGGUUGACAACUGCAAGUCAGAGGGCUUGGAGGUGAAAAUUUGGCAAGUCCCAAAGCCAAUAACCGAAAUUGUAGAUCUGAGGGCUGAACGGGUUGCACUUGGGAGAUGAAGGAAUGCGGAAUGCCGUGAUGCCAUUGGAAUUAAGUCUGAUCACACUUACAUGGGUACGAUGAUUCCAUACGAGGUUAUCACCGAUCAUUACCCUCUAGGAUCUGCGCCUCUCACCUCUCCGCAUAAUUGCGCAGAGCUGUUGCGAUUCGAGUACCGUAUAUGGCCAUUGAUAGUUUUAUUGGUUAGAAAUUCGAUAGGUAUCCUAUUGAGUUGAACAGAGCUGGCCGAGGAUGUAACACUGAUGCCUCGGAAGGAUGCGAGGUGCUGACAGCGCCGUCAUUCCUCCCCCAUAAAAUUAGCCAUAAGCUGACUUGCGGCUAC